UCGAUAUGAAAUCAACAAAUCCAAUGGCACCAACACAGUUGGAAACUUUGAUUUUGCAUUUAUUGUAUUUGUGAUUGUGAUUGAAAGUGGAAGUGAGUGCCACCGCGUGAUGAAUAAUUACAGCGACGUCGCUUAACCAACUACAAACGCGCCAACUCAAAUUCCAAUUCGUUAUUAUCUACGCAGCACGGCCAACUGAAGCAACAACAGCAACAGUAGCAACAAUACAGCAGUAGCCGCAACGAUUUUAUGGAAGCAGAGCUGCAGGCAGCAAUCGUUGUGCCGCUCUUAUCACUCUUAUCGUAAAGCGCGCCGCCCCCUUCGACAGUUAUCAAUAUCAACUUGUUGCGAUAAACGCAGUACGGAUGCUCUCUGAUCCCUGAGCUCAAUCCAAGAUCAAAUUUAAGUGCGACAACGACGACGACGUCAUUUUUCGAAUAUUGAACGCAAGGGCAGAGAGCAGAGGGCGUUGAGCGCGAGGCGUGUGGCGUGGGGCGUGGGGCGAGGGGGUGGCGGAAGUGGUUAUAGAGAACUAUUUUUAAUAGUGGCCAGACACAUGGAGGACAUGACAAAAGCGACAAACUAAGCAAAAAGCAACGCGUCAAAAAUGUACACAACGCAUAAAAUAUUCAAAUACAAAGCAGAAGCAGCAACAGCAAUAAUAACAGCAAUUGUAAGCCACUAGCCCAGCACACACUCACACACAAACACUCAUACAUCUAAGGAGUGAAACAGCUGGCAGCUAUGGAGAGACGCCGCCCAUUGUUUCCCAUUGAACCCGAGCCGCCAAUAACGCCUACACAGCGGCUGACACAGCUGGCAACGCGCGCGCUACGUGCUCUGCAAGUAAACUGGAAGAUUAUAAUAUCGGGCAUAGUAUCAACGCUGUUGGCCGUUAUUUGGUAUUAUCCAACGUUCUUUUUGUUCUUCGCCUUCGUCAUCUAUUCCCUGGUGCUUGUCUUUGCAGCUGUUGCUGGCACCGUCUAUAUACAUUACAUAUUUACGACCAAUGAGCCCACAAAGCCCAAUCGACUGCCCUCUAAGCUGCUCUACAAUGCAACCAAAUGCAACAUCUUCGAUUUGCCAAAUCCUAUUAAGAAUCCAUCGAAUUUACCCCUGGUCUUUGGCAAGACAGUUGAUCUGCAGCUCCAGCAGAUCAUUGAGUAUGUGCUUCGCGACUUUAUGGUGCCCUGGCUGGGCUAUGUGGUAACAAAACCAAAGCUCAUUAACGAUGUAAUACGCGAGGAUCUCUGGAAUGCCAUACAGAAGAUCCAUGAGCGUGCCGCCAAAAUGGAUCCAGCUAAGAUCAUUGCCGUGGACAUGGUCAAUCGGGUCACUGUGCAUCUCGAAAAGAUACGCAUAGCUGAGGCUCGCGCAGCGGAAACGAAUAACGCGCCGGUGUUUAGCACCAAUCUGUACCUGGUCGAUGAGGAAAAGGAAAUGGAGUUUCUGCGAAAACUGUGCGAGAUUAUGGUAAUAUUAUUACUGCCACGCGGCUACUCCUUACCACCGCUCAAAGUGCUGCUAAGCGAGAUGCUCUCCUUUAAGAUUUUCUUUCCCAUGAUCAAGAUGCUAACUGCUCCAGACUAUAUUAAUCAGAAAAUUGUGCAGAACAUUGAGACGCGUCUAGCUGCAGCAGCAAUAAGCAAACGUAGCUACGAAUACGCAGCCAGCUUCGAGGACUUCCUGAAGAUCAUAAAUAAUUCUGGUAACUUGGAGGAGCUGUCGCUGAUACGCAAAAGUAUUGUCAACGACCUGAUGCAUGCAACUAGUAUGCAGAAUUUGCAGCGUGCCAAAGGACUCGAUCCGGAUACCGAGGAUCAUACGCUGACCAAAUCGGAGCUGACGGCCGCGGUGCGGCUAAAACGUUACGUUCAGCAGCUCUCCGUGGCAAAGGGUCAGUGCGAGAAGAAUUUGGCAAAGUUUGGCUGGAAUGGCAACUACUCCAGCGAUACGGAUCUAACCCUGAUAGAAAUACUAAAUACGGCUGUGGGCAGACGCUUCUUUACGCUGUUCCUCGAGCCGUUGAAGGCCAGCGCCCUGGUUGGCUUCUACCUGGCCGUGGAUGAAAUGAAGCAUGCGCACAAAUCAGCAACCCAUCAGCUGGGCACAGAGAUCUUCUAUACGUACAUUCGAGUGCCCAAGCCGGAGAUACAAAUUGAUAAGCACGAACGCAAGCUAAUUGAAACGUUUGUGCUGGGCGAUGCAGGCCCAGAUAUAUUCUAUGAUAUACAGCGCAAUAUAUUGCGCACCCUGGAGGACAAAUACUAUCCGCCGUUUGUGCUGAGCGAACAGUAUCGCCAGCUAAAGGAGGCACUCGAAUCGAACGAAUUUAACGAUCCCACCUUGCUCAUGUGCCCCACUCUGCUCGGCGAUGCGAACGACGAGGAGCAGCCUAUCGUUGCUGAUGGCUACAAUGGCGGUGGCAUGGCUCCAGCUGCCAUUGAUGUGGCUGCACACACUUCGUAUGCGCGCCGGAAGCUCGAGCAGAUUCAGGAGCGCAUCGAUAAAAAGAACCAAGCGCUUGAUGCGCUCAAAUACUCAGUGAAGCCAGAGUCUAAAGUUUUGCAAAUACUCGAAAAGGAAAUGGAUUGGCUCAAAAGCGAGAAAAGACAAACCGAGGCACAUCUAAGGCGCACGGAUGCCUGGACCGAACACCUCGGCAAGUGGAAGGCAACCAUACAGAGCGUCGAGGUCUCCGAUGAGAAAGAAUCGCUGCAGUUCAUGAUUCUGGUGCAUGUGGACGAGGAUAUAAAUGCGCCGCCAGCUACAAAGAACGGAGACAGCAGCACAGGCAGAGCGCCAAGGCGUCGUCCAUCAGGCAUCUCUAGUGGCUGGGUGGUUAUGCGCUCCCUUAACCAAGUGCAUGAGCUGCAACGCAAGCUGCGCCAUGUGAGCUCCAAUUUGAAAUCAUUGGAUUUGCCAACGAACUUUAAGUUCUUCUUCUUGAAGACGGAUCGACAUGCCCAGGAGAAGGCCAAGGGCCAGAUACAAAAGUUUUUGAAUUUUAUUUUAGAGGAUGACCAUUUAAAUGGUAGCGAGGCCAUCUACACAUUUCUGAGCCCUAGCUCGGAUCAUUUGAAGCAGACUCUGCCCUCGCCCAAGAAAUCCAAAUUCUCGCUCUCGACGCUCUUUAAAAGUGACACAGCCAAGGCGCACGAGUCGAGCAAAGCCAGCGAUCCGUUCUGGGGACUACAGCGCGACGAUGAUGACAUGUCGAACUAUCUGGAUGGCGAGACUAGCAGCGAUGCGAAGCUUCUCGCUGACUUGGACAGCAAGGAUUCCAUUGCUGAGCCGCUCUAUGCGCUAAUGGGCGAAAUUUUUGAUAUGGGCGGCGUAUUCAAAUGGUUGCGCAAGAGCAUCAUCUCAUUUGUCCAGAUCACCUAUGGGCGUACGAUCAAUAGGCAGAUACGAGAGUCCGUGGCGUAUUUGUUCGAGGAGUCCAUGUUGCACAACUACUUCUCGGCCAUAUUGAAAUCCUUUUGGCCUGGAGGCGUGCUCGCCUCGGCGUAUCCACCCCGAUCGGAGGAUAUGAAAGAGAUGACCACCAAUGCGGCCAAAGCGUUGCUUACGGAUCACAUACCCGAAGUACUCUGCAAUCUGGUGGGCGCCCAGGCGGCCAAGCGUGGUGUCCUCAAAGUCUUCGAUGCUCUACAGAAUCCCACGUACAACAAGCAGCUGUUCUAUGAGCUUCUCGAAAUUUUGAUGAUUGAGUUCUUUCCCGAAAUACGUCAGCUGAAGGUAAAUAGCAGCAGCAGCAGCGGGAGCGGCAGUGGCAGCAAAUUGAACACUGCCACAGCUGGUGUAGCAGCUGCCACCGCUGCUGCCGCAGCACUGGCAGCCGUCACUGCUCUGCCCAUUAGCUAUAACAAUAGUCACAAUAGCCAUGGCACGAAUCUUGCUGCCAGCUCCACCUCCUCCUCAAGUGCAUCAGCAGCAGCUGCAGCUGUGCCAGCUCCAAAGGAGCAUUAUCAUCAGCCGCCGCAGCAGUCGCCGUAUCAUCAAAGCUCUACUCAUCAUCAGCAGCAGCAGCAGCAGCAUCUGCAUCUGCAUCAUCAGCAACAGCAGCAGCAUCAUAAUCUACUCCAUGUACAUCAUCAUCAUCAUCCAGCUGCGGGCUCCAAGUAGAGCUUCAUUUUAAAACUUUAAACUUUAAACUUUAAACUUUAAACUGUUUUUGUUUCUUAAUUGGAUUGUCUUUUAUCAUGCUCUCUAGCGUUCUCUUUCUAACCCUAUUGCCAGCUCGCUCUGCAGCAUGGCUAAGUCUUUCCUGUUUCUUUUCUAUUUAAAUUGUAGGACGUUGAGUGUUUUAGGAUUAACAAAUAACUGAACCUGUACAAAAGUUGAUUCCCUCUACUUAACACACAGCUAAAUGCCCUUCCUCUAGGCCCCUUUGUUGAGUUUGUUAGGCGUUCUGUUAUAUGUGCAGUGCAUAGUAAUACUCUAUAGAGUUAUUUGUGUUGUUGGUUUGAUUAGCUUCAGUAUUAAGCGUUACCAAAUUGUUCCAUUUAGAUCACAUUCCCCACUAUAAGAAAGAAAUGUACCCCCCCCUAUUAAAAUGAAAUCCGUAAAUCGAACAUUUUUUGGUGCCGAGGACGCAUUCUGAUUUAAACUGGAGUCGAAUUAUUGUGAUCUUAGCAAGUAAACAGCACCAAAAAA